AUGACUACUAACUCGGGAUCCUAUUUAGAAAUGGAGAAACCAAUAUAUCAAACUUGCGGAGAUCAACUAGGACAAGGAAACCACCAAGUUGGUUAUUGCAAGAUGAAAUUAAAUAUAAUUUCGAAUAUAGCAUCAACUACUCGACGAAAAUCACGUCGUAUAGGCAAUAAUGAUGAGAUAGAUGAUGAUGAUAAUAAGAAUGUUUCGGAUAUUGAAAUGCUCAAUAAUACCAAUAUAUCAGCACAAGACGUUAAAAGAAAGCGAGGAAGACCUAGGAAAUCUUCAACUGCAAAUUCAAGUGAGAAUAAUGAUAUCAGUGCCCCCGAUUAUGAGUCCAACACAUUAGCUCUGAAUGUUCAAAAAAAGCGGGGAAGACCAAGAAAAAAUUCUUCUACUCAAUCUAGUGAAAAAAAUAGUUCUGACAAUGGAUCAGCUAAUGAUUCAAAUACAGCGGAACCAAAGAUUCGACGGAAGAGAGGAAAAUCAAAGAAGGAUUCAAUAUAUAAAUCUAACGAUGUUUCUGAUAAAAACAGUUCCGAUGGAAUGGCUAAUGAGUCAAGUAGCUCAGUAUCCGAAGGUCGAAAAAAGCGAGGAAGGCCAAAAAACAUAGAAUAUAGUGAAGAUCAAGAUGUCUCGGAUGAAGCUGGAAAGUCUAAUACUGAAGCUCCAAAAAAACGGGGAAGGCCAAAGAAAAAUUCAUCCACAGAUAUAGGCAAUGAUCACGAUAAAGAGGUUGUUGAGGAGGAAGUAUCUAAUCUAUCAGAACCAGAAAUUCGAAGAAAGCGUGGAAGAUCAAGAAAGAACUCAUCUACACAGUCCAGUGAAGUUCAUGAUAAAAAUAGUUCUGAUGAUGAGAUGGUUAAUGAUGAAACCAAUAUUUCACUACGAAGAAAGCGAGGAAGGCCUAAAAAAUCUUCGGGUCCUGCAAAGUUAACAGAAUCUCGUAGGGUAAAGAAAACUAAGACUGAUACGCGGCAAAGUACACCUGAAAACGCUAUAGGGAAUUCACCCGAAAAUAUAGGCGAAGUUGUUACUGGAAAUAUUUUAGGUGAAAUCUAUGAAAGUGCACAUGAAAGUGCUCCAGAAAAUACGCCUUCUCUGCGAUCUUCGGUUGCGAAUGAACAAAAUACUAUAAGUUCUCGUGACCAUUUAGAAGAUAGUGGAUUGUCACUUUAUCAGGCAAUUCUUAUGCCAAAUGUUAAUUUAGAGAAUAUUGUUUCGGAUUGGGUAGAAACUUACGAAAUUGAUAAUCAAAGAGCUUUACUUAUAUUGCUCAAUUUCAUAAUUCGGUCUUGCGGAUGUCCUGAAACAAUCGAAAAGGAGGCUAUUAAAGAUGAAGAUGCAAUUGUUGACGUUCUAAACGGACUGCAAAACGCAUUUAAAAAGGAACUUAUCACAGAUUAUCCUCUUGUUUCCAAAGCUAAGGAUUUUAAAAAAUUCCGUAAAAGUUUUUUGGAAUUUUUCCAUAGGUUGAUAAAGCAAGUUAAACAUUCUAUACUAUAUGAUAGUAUUUUCUGUGAAACUAUAUAUGCUUGGGUCUGCUCGAUGUCAAGUUCUGCUUUCCGACCUUUUCGACAUACCGCAACUGCAAUUGCUCUUUUUUUAUUAAGCUGUCUUUGCGAGGUUGCCCAAGAAGUUCAAACUGAAUUGAACAUUGCUACACGUCAGCUAACUUCGGAACAAAUAAAGAACAAAAAUUUAAGAAAUUUAAGGAAUCAAGAUAGGAUGAGUAGUUUACGGUCAAAAACAGCAGAAUUAACUGAGAAAAAGCAACGAUUAGAAAUCUAUUUCAAUGAUUUUUUUAAUGGUGUAUUUAUUCAUCGUUAUCGAGAUGUAGAAGCUAUAAUACGAGCAGAAUGUGUAAAGGAAUUAGGAGUCUGGAUCAUUAAAUAUCCUGAUCGAUUCCUAGAAGAUAAAGUUACAAGAUAUCUUGGUUGGCAGUUAUCAGAUAAGUCACCAGUAGCGAGAAUAGAAGCCAUUAAAUCGUUAUCACGUCUAUAUAUCAACGAGACGUUUAUAAGCGGACUACGAAAUUUUACCGAACGAUUCAAGCCACGUUUAAUUGAAAUGGCUUCGCGGGAGUCCGAACUUAGUGUUCGAAUUACUACCAUAAGUUUAUUGACUCAAAUAUAUAGAUCAGGUUUAUUAGAAGAUGAAGAUCGGGAUGAGUUAUCGCUUCUCAUAUAUAGUGAUUUAUCAAAAGUGAGGAAAGCGAUUGCACCAUUCGUUAAGGAUUUACUGGAUGAGGAUUUCAUUAGUUCAAAACUUAAAAAAGUUCAAACUUUCCUAUCUAGUAACGGUGUAACGAAAAGAAGAAACAGAAAUGGUAGUGGUAAUGAAAUUGCAAGUUCCGUAAAACGCGAUUGGGUAGCUUUUAAGUGUUUGGCAGAGUUUUUGGUGAAAUAUAGAAAGCCAACCGAAAACUCUCGGAAAGAUGAUGAGAUGAAUGAUGAAAUUGACGAAAGUAAUGAUAGUGAUGAAUAUGAAGAUGGAUCUUCAAUUUUAUCUAUCGGAGAUGUAAAAAACAAUAGAAUAGCAUUAGCUAUUGAAGCUCUUUGGAAUGAAAUGGAAAUAUUACAUGACUGGCAUAGUUUAGCCGAAUACCUCUCCAAAGAUCAUACUUUGACGAAUAGUUCUAGUACUGCAAAAGAUCCUCAGGGAGGAGACAAUCCUGUAGAUGCUAUUGAAGAUUGUUAUAGGCUUAGUGAACGUGAAGAAUCUGUGCUAGUCCAGGUUCUCGUUGCAUGUCUCAAAUUAAUUCUUGCCGACCCAAUAAGUAGAGACAAGAAAAAGACUGAAGUACAGAUCGAAGAAAUACGCGAUGAAGUUUCAAGAACAAUGGUACAUACUUUACCUCGACUCUUGACAAAAUAUGCUCCUGAUGCAGGUCGGAUAGCGGAGGUUUUGCAAAUACCACCGUUAAUGAAUCUACAAGUAUAUUCAGAAUUGCGUAUGUUAAAGGCCUACGAGUUACUUAUCGAAGAUGUCAAGAAGCUCUUCUUGAAGCACACACAUCCGUUAGUUCUUACUCAUGCAGUUAGAACUUUCUCACAUAUGGAGGCAUACGAAAGCUUUGCCUCGACUACAGAGGCUAACCUGGGAGAAUUGCAGGAAGUGGUUAUUCAAACAUUUAUAGAAGAAUGCGACAAUAAGGAACUGUUGACAAUGGAGUUGACUAGUGAUCAAGUUCAUUCAUUAGGAGUAUCUUUAACUAGAUUCGAAACAUUAAUCGGCUAUAAGUGCAUAACUGAUGUUGUUGAAGAGUGCGAUGAUAAUCGCAAAGACAUAUAUUCUUGUUUUAUCGAAUUGAUUCGACGAGGUUUGUUGAAUAAUAUGGAAGAACAACAGAAGAGACCAGAUAGUUCAAACUUUGUUUGA